UGUCGUCCCGGAGCGGGGGAGACCAUGGCCGAGGCCUGGCGGCUGUGCGGACCGGCGGCGCCCACCCGGUUGCCGGCGGGCGGGACCUGCGGGCCCCGGUACAAGGAGGGUCUACCUUCCAAGUGUUUCACAAAGCACAGGCACAAGCCGACGUGUCCCACCUCCCUGAACAGCCUGCGGUGGACGUUUGUGAAGAAGGGACUGGAUGACUUCAGGAGGGGCUGCCCGCCUUGCAAGGGUCUGCUCACUCGGGGUCCUCAGGAGGCCUUUCUCCCCCAGAUCCAUCACACAGCUCCCCGACCUGCCCCAAAGAAGAGGCAACACAGGCGGCCCAAGGAAACAGCCCUCUUUCCCAAGCUGUCACCAGUGCCGCGAGCACGGAAGGCAUUCCUGGAGGACGGUGAAGCCCAGCUGACCCCUCAUCCUUUGGCUCUCUACCCUAAUCUGGGGGAAGACAUGCCUGUCGAGCUCUUAUUAAAGGUGCUGGAAGUGCUGGAUCCCGACAGGAAACUGGAGGACACACAGGCUUAUUGUCAGGGCGUCAGGAAAAGAAAAAAGGAACCAGCCAAACCUUUAAAAAAGCAUUCUACCCAAGUCGACCUGGGACUUCCCAAGAAGACUCCCGUGUCACAUCCAGGUCAAUGGCUUUAUGAAGAAAAGAAGCCAAGCGAAACAGAUUUGCUCCAUAAAGAUGGUCCUCUUUGUUAUGAAAAUGGAAGUUCAAACAUUGAUGAAGAGUUCAUCCUGAAACAGUUUGACAUUGACUAUCAGAGCAAACCAAGCCAUGAUGUGCUCCACACGAUAAGACUCAACCAGCCUCCUCUAGAGCUGAAGAAGAGAGUGGGGUUAAAGAAACUGCAGGAGCCACAGUUUUUCCAGAAACUAGACUGUGAGCAGAAACACCAGAAACCACAGAAUCCUCAUAAACCAAAGUGUGUGAAGAUGAGGUAUGGAGCAUGGUAUCUGAACACCAAGUUGUGGAAAAAGCAAAGAGCAGAUGAACCUUUGGUUGACCCCAAGGUCUCAUGUAAAGCUCAAGAUGACAAUUUUAAAAAGGAGCUGCAGGAACAGGAGGAGUUACUUGCAGACCUUCAUGGAACCAUUGCCUUUAAGGAUUUCAUUCUAAGCAGAGGCUAUAGGAUGCCAAGUUUCCUUGAGAAGAUGUAUAUCAGGAAGGAACAUAAAUGUGAGUGUAAUAAGACUUCUGUAAAAUAACUCAAGCAUAGAAGAAUCUUGGGAAGAUGAUUAGACCAACUGUAUUUACUACAUA